AUGCAUUCUGAAGAACCAUUACCCAGGACAUUUCUCAACAGAGUGGAGCAGAGAGUACAGUCUGACAAGUUGGAAGUACCAAAUGACAAUAGGAGAGUACAAUUUGACAAGUUGGAAAUACCAAAUGACGAUAGGAGAGUACAAUCUGACAAGUUGGAAGUACCAAAUGAUAAUAGGAGAGUACAAUCUGACAAGUUGGAAGUAGAAAAUGACAAUAGGAGAGUACAAUCUGACAAGUUGGAAGUACCAAAUGACAAUAGGAGAGUACAAUCUGACAAGUUGGAAGUACCAAAUGACAAUAGGAGAGUACAAUCUGACAAGUUGGAAGUACCAAAUGACAAUAGGAGAGUACAAUCUGACAAGUUGGAAGUACCAAAUGACAAUAGGAGAGUACAAUCUGACAAGUUGGAAGUAGAAAAUGACAAUAGGAGAGUACAAUCUGACAAGUUGGAAGUAGAAAAUGACAAUAGGAGAUUGGAAGUAGAAAAUGACAAUAGGAGAGUACAAUCUGACAAGUUGGAAGUACCAAAUGACAAUAGGAGAGUACAGUCUGACAAGUUGGAAGUAGAAAAUGACAAUAGGAGAGUACAAUCUGACAAGUUGGAAGUAGCAAAUGACAAUAGGAGAGUACAAUCUGACAAGUUGGAAGUAGAAAAUGACAAUAGGAGAGUACAAUCUGACAAGUUGGAAGUACCAAAUGACAAUAGGAGAGUACAGUCUGACAAGUUGGAAGUAGAAAAUGACAAUAGGAGAGUACAAUCUGACAAGUUGGAACUAGCAAAUGACAAUAGGAGAGUACAGUCUGACAAGUUGGAAGUAGAAAAUGACAAUAGGAGAGUACAAUCUGACAAGUUGGAAGUAGAAAAUGACAAUAGGAGAGUAUAA